GAUAUUUUGAUAAGAGCCCCUUUUAGAUUAGAAACGUAUGUGCCAUGAAUAUCUUUGUACUACUGUGUGCUACUUCCUUUUUUACACUCAGCAAUCAACAGAAGUUCACCACAAAUGCAUCUCACGAAGUCGACAUCCUGGGUGCAUUACAACAGAUGUCCAAAGACACUGGCAUAGUCUUACUCACCCGAAGCGAUCCAUUCAUAUCUAAUGCAUCAAUACUUCUGACAGAUGACGAGAGUGGCUACGAACAGCUAAAAGCAGACACCGAUGAUGAUUUCGCAGAGGUAGAAGAGAAUACGGAUCCAAUAGAUAAAGAUCCAAAAAUAAAGAAUAUACUUAGGUGGCUGCCUACAAGAAAGCCCUAUAAAGAAAAUUAUUAUGAGAAAAAAGAGGCACAGGUGGCACUCGAGAAAGAACAAAGAAAUACGCUCCGAGCUCGGCAACUCAACGAAGAAAGAAUAGCUUACGUGAUGGACCUUCUAAAAGACAAUUUUUGGAUGGCUAUAUAUAUGUAUGGGGAAGUACGAAGAAUUCUCACGAAACGCAUAGUUGUCGACGAUAUAAGACAAAUGAUUAUGUUUUUAGAACAAGAAGGGAAUGAGGAAAUGAAAGAGAAAGUACUAAAAUGUUAUAGAAAGGCGAGGUACGUUUUUCACGAUAACAGCUGGGACAAGAAAGCUAACAAUUUGCUCGUUCAAGUUCUUAAGGAUCCGCUUAAUGAUAACGUUGUUGCGUAGUUAAAAUAUAUCUUCAAAGAAAUAUAAA